GGGUGUGUGCAUCUUCUUCUUCCUCUGUAUUUUCAACAAGGAGGUGAGGAUCAACCUGAAGAACGUCCUCAGAGGGAAGAAGUCCAUAGUGGAAGAUUCUACUGCCACCCGCACCACUUUACUCACACGUUCUUUAAACGGUAAGUACUCGUUCACGGAGGAGGACGGUUUGUACCGCACGGCCAUUGGAGAGUCCACUGCCUCCCUGGAAAGCACGGUCAGAUCAGCCCAAAGCCUCAGCAGCAGCCAGGCCAGGAAUGACUCGGAGCAAAAGCAUACUACAUCCUCCCGCUCAGCCAAAAAGAGUUACAGUGGGGAGGGAGACUCCUCCAUCUUCAUCCGCAAGCGUUCCAAGAAAGAUAAUUCGGACUCGGACAGCGAGCUCUCGGUGGAUGAGCACAGUAGCUCCUACGCCUCGUCAGACAGUGAUAAUGACAGAGGGAGCCGCAAACAUAGGUGGAACAACGAGAGACCGCCCCAGCACAGAACACCCAAAGUGGAUACGGCGGCCAAUCACAUGAAGCCUUACUGGCCAGUUGAGCCGCCGACUGUCAGUGAGAGCGAGGAGCCCUGCGGGUUGGAGACGCUGCGUAUGGAGACCAAGGUCAACGUGAAGCUCCACCAGGACAAAAAAGUCAAUGGGGAGUCACCCUCCCAGAACGGUAGUGCUCCUCCCAGCUCACCUGACAGCAACCAGACAGAGAAGAGAAGGGGCAUUCUGAAAAACAAAAUCACUUACCCUCCGCUGACUGACAAGAACAUGAAGAAUCGCCUGCGGGAGAAAUUGAGCGACUACAACCCCCCCACCAUCUCCCCCAGAACUACCCCAGUCCCCGUCCCCCCGUCUCCCGUCUCCCCCCGUCUUUGCGCUGUAACCGGGGGCAACCGGGUCCUCAUCAAACCCCCACCUCGCCCACCCGUGCCUCCGCGCCCUCCGUUGUCUCCACGGGCGCUGCYCAACGGGUUUGUCAUGACAACGACGAGCGCGACAAUGUCGCCAUUGGUCAAUGGCGUCAACGGGGUUCAAUACGCCCAAGACUCGGACUCAGAUGGUAGCAACGAAACCUCAAUCUGACCUGGAUGGAAUUCCAGGUAGACAACCAAGGAAGAGGGGCUACUGCGCUAAUACCAUAUGUGGGAUUCAAGGGUCACUAUGACCCAUUCCAGUAGGCCACAGGACCCCUAAACUCAUAUGGAGAUCAGUGUCACCGCAGACAGUUGCCUGCCCAAGGGAAAAAGGACACAGG